UAGAGGAUAUCCUAGAGAAUUCUUGACAAUAAUUUGUGUUUACGUUGAAUUUCCUCAUAACAUUGGAGCAGCAAUCAUUUGCUAAGCAGUUCUUUCGUGUUUAAUUUAAAAUUUAAAUGGUUGUCAAGUUCUACUGAACAAUUGAAUGACUUUAUUAUAAUACAAGAACGGUGGAGAAAAAAUGAAUAUUCCAGAUGAAUCCGAAAAGAUAUCCGAAGAAACAAGUCAAUGUUCUGAUUUGCAAGAGAAUGAAAUUUUUAAUCUACCAGAUGAAAUUUUUUUUCACAUCUUUCAAUAUGUGAAUAUCUCAUCACGCAAAACUGUCUCACUAGUCUGCAGGAAAUUUUAUGAACUGAUAUGUAUUGUAGAAAGAGAUUGUCAUCCACUGGAUCUUUCUUAUCAACAGAUUUGUGAUGGAGAUAUUCACGAUUCGAUUGUGAAUUCAUUUCGGGAAUUUGAAGACCUGACAAUAAAUCUCAAGCAUUGUCGUGUUGUGAUCAACAUAGAAAAUAUUUUAGAUGUGAUGGUAAAGUUUGGAGGGAGAAUAAAAAGAUUCAAAUUAUGGUGUUCAAUUCAAAGCGAAUCGUCAGAAUUGUUAGAGUGGCAGUUGAUUAAAAUAUUGAAUUGUCUUCCCAAUGUAGAAGAUUUAACACUGAGAAAUAUUUGCGUGGGAGGCAGGAGUAGUGAUGAUGAUUCUGAGCUAAAUAUGCAUAAACUGAGAAAUUUGAUGAUUGAUUAUUGCAUGUUCGAUUCUCCAAAUAUUUUAAACAAAAUUCCAAAGGACACAGUCAGAGAUUUGAUCUUCACUUUUGAGCCUGUUGAUGAGACGAGCUAUCAACAAUUCUUUAAUAAACAAACAAAAAUCAGAAAGCUUGAAAUAUUUGAAAACGAUCAAAUAAACUUCAGUCACCUCGAACUGGAACAUUUAAAGAUUAGCUCAAAUAUUAAUUUACCUGUGGUGUUACGACAGCAACCAAAACUUCGUUACCUUGAUUUUGCCAUUACUUGGAUUGAUAACGAAAUCUUUACAGCAAUGUGUGAAUUGAAAGAUCUUGAAGUCGCUAAAAUGCUAAUCGAUCAAGUAUCUUGUCACGUUUUUAAAUCACUCAAAGGAAUGUUCAAAUUAAAAGAACUUCGCUUAGAUUCUCAUUGUUCAUACGACGGUGGCUAUCUGCUCGAGUUAAGCAUGAUGCAAUUCUUGCAAAUUGAAAAGUUCACACUUUUAUUCAGUGAAAGGAAAAUUUCACAAGAAAUUCUCAUACAGUUAAGCCAAAACUUCCGAAAAUUGAAGCAUAUUGAAUUUCUUAAUCGCUCGAUUAGCAUCAUCAACACACUUCUAGAAUAUUUUCCAAAUCUAGAAUCGAUUCUUUUUGAUUUCUUUUCUAUUUUUGGAGCACCAGAAGAUAUUUUAAUCGUAAGUGAAGAUUUAAGACACGAGAAUCUUAAACAAUUUGUCGUGAUUAACAUCAAUAUGAAUGAAGUUGAAAACACAAGAUCACUUCUCAAACUUAUCAGUGUUUGUCCAAACCUGGAGCGCAUUAUGUUAUCAAAACUAACCGGGAUUUUUCACGAAGAUCUUCAACAAAUUUUUGACGAUCAUCCAAAGUUAACUCAUUUAAGUCUUGAAUUUGAUAGCUUCAGCCUUCAAUAUCAAACAAUUCAACUUAUUCAAAGUGCUGUUUCGAGGCUCAAACACAUUCGAUUUGAUGGACUCAGCAACUUUCCGUCUUAUUCCAUAUUAAAAAUACUCUUUGAAGAUGAAUUUCCUAACAUCACAUUCUACAAAUAUUCAACAGGAGACGGCCAACUUAUCAUGAAGAAACGAAAUGUUUCCGAUUGGUAUUUGGAUUUUAAACUCAUGGAUCAUUUUUAACUAAAUUUCAUAGUUUGGAAGCAAAUUUUUAUUAAUGUCUUCAAUUUUAAGCGGAAUAAAUUAAAAUAUCACAUGAAGAAACAAUAAAAGAAAUUCUUUAAGAUAAAAUGCAAUGAUGUUGACUUG